UCUCUCUUUCAGCCGCUUCUUUCUUUUCUCUCAAAUUCUCUCUCCUCUCUCUCAGCCGCUUCUUUUCUUUCUCCUCCCUCUCCUUCUCCCUCGUCGGCGUUCGAAGGACUUGCGCGAGCCGUCGACGGGUCGUCUUGUGCGAGUGUGUUGUGCGAACGUGCGUGGGUGCGUUCGAGGGUCUUGUGUGAGAGGUUGUGCGAGGCGUGCGAGCGAGGGUGUCGAGGUUGGCUGGGCGGUGCGAAGUCGCGCGCUGUGCGACGAACUGUGCAAGCUUGGUGCAACAAGCGACGAAUCGUCGCUGCUGCUGUCGUGCUUGGCGUGCGCGAGUUCUCUGGUUGUGCGACGCAUGGUGUGCGAGUGUGUGGCGUGCGAAGUUUGAGAUUUUCUCGAUGAAGAUGAAGAACAUGUAUCCUGGCUACGAUUUUUAUGAGUAUGAGGAAGAGGUUGCUGAAGAAGAGUCUAAAAAGAAUCGAAGAUUUGAUCAUGUUGUUAAUUUCGAGUACGAGCUUCCUGAGAACUUCAAGGAUGAAGAUAUAUCGUCUGAUGAUGAUGAUGAAGAUCUAGAUCGUGGAGAGGAAGAUGAGGACGCUGGUGACAAAGAGAAUGAUGAUGGAAGACAUGCAAGAAUGCUUAAUGAUAUUACUGGAAUCCCAAUUGAAGCUUUUGAAGGCAAGAAGAGGAAGAGAAGUCAUGUCGUUUCAGAGGCAUAUCCUGAAUCUGAAUUCAACCCCACUGGCGAUGUCCUCAGUGGAAAUGGUCAGAUCAGUAUUGAAGACCUUUUGGAUCCUCUUCGUGGAACUUCUGAUUAUAGCAAGCUUAGAAAAAGGAUUGAGCAUGUUGAGAAGAAAGGAGAAACAGUUCAAGCUCCACUAUCUAGGCCAGAACGGGAGAGGGUGGAGAGAGGGGCAGCAUAUGACCAUACAAAGAAGGAUAUUACUAAAUGGGAGCCACUUGUGAAGAGAAACAGAGAAGCUCCCACUCUUUUUUUUGAUCAAGGUAAUGAUAUGGGGCUUCCAAGCGUGGGAGCUAUAGCUUCUGAAUUCAAACCACGAACUGAUUUUGAGAAGGCAAUUGCAUCAAUAUCACAAAACAAAGAGGUUGAGGAAGCUUUCAAGAGUGACGGUGCCAAACUUCUUGAACUAAACAAGAUUUCCGUGGAAGAGGUGAAGGACCGCCAGGAUAGACUUGCUAAAAUGCGAAGUCUUCUUUUCCGUCAUGAAAUGAAAGCAAAGCACAUUAAAAAGAUCAAGUCUAAGACUUAUCAUCGGUUAAAAAAGAAAGAAAAAUUGAAGGCAGCUCCUUUAGAUUUGCAAACUGAUCCUGAAGCUGCUAGAGAGCUCGCUGAGAAACAAGAAAGAAAACGAGCAGAGGCACGCAUGACAUUGAGGCACAAAAACCAGGGCAAGUGGGCUAAACGUGUUCUUGAACGUGGUUUAAGUAAACAAGAUGAAGGUACUCAAGCUGCUAUAGCUGAACAGUUGCAUCUUCAUAAUCUUCUGACCAGAAAAAUGAAUACCAUGAAGGAUAGCAGCAGCAGUGAUGAUAGUAGUUGUGAAGAUGAUGAGGAUUUUGACAGUUCGGAUGAGGAGGGUGCAUCAAAGUUAUUAGCUAAGGCAAAGGAAAAAACAAUUAAAAUUAUGGAACAAGAAGUUGAAGUGCCCAAUUCAGGGGUGCUUUCGUUGCCUUUCAUGGUACGAGGAUUGGAGAAACGAAGGGAGACUGCUAUUGAAGAAGCCAAACAUGCUCUUGAGGAGUACGAAUUAUCAUUAAAUCAGACUGCAGCGAAGGGUCUGAAAGAUAGGACUCCAAGUGGUAGACGAGUAUUUGGCACAACCACCUCUAAGGUUGAGGAGGCUAAUAUUAAGCAUAGACCAGAUAUUCAUAAUUUUGGCAGUGAUGAUGACGAUAUCGUUGAAGAGAAGAAUGAUACUCAUAUGGAAUCUUGGCAAGGAAACAAGGAAAAGGAUAUUGAUAUUGAUUUGGAUGUACUUCGUGAAGGUUUGGAUAUUGGCGAUAAUUCAGCAAUAGAGAGUGUUAUUGAUGUAGCUGCAAAUCCUGGGCCAAGGACGAGUCAUAAUGUUUCUGUUUUCACAUCUGGUUCCUGGAAAAAGAUGAAGAAGUGUUCAACUUAUGGUGCCAAUGUCAAUAGUAUGCCAGAGGUUGCAAAACCUUCUGUAAGCAGUGAUCAUGGAGAGGAAGUGGAGGACAGCGAUACAGAUAGUGGUGGUCGUAUGAUAGAUGGGAUGUUGUCUGCAGGGACGAGGCAAGCAUAUGAACUGCCUAGUAAUGAGGAGCUAAUAAAACGUGCAUUUGCGGGGGAUGAUGUGGAGGAAGAAUUUGAAAAGGUUAAAGAGGAUGUUUUGAAUGAGGAGAAUCCUGAGCCGGAGAAGCCCGUUCUUCUUCCUGGAUGGGGCCAAUGGACUGAUAUCCAGAAAAAGAGAGGUUUGCCUUCUUGGAUGCUAAAAGAGCAUGCAAAUGCCAAGCAAAAAAGAAAAAUAGCUUUGAACAAAAGGAAGGAUGCUCGUCUCAAACAUGUAAUCAUCUCUGAGAAGAUAGAUAAGAAGGGUGAGAAACUGUAUGCAAAGACACUGCCGUUUCCUUUUGCAUCAAAAGAUGCUUUUGAACGGAGCAUUCGAAUGCCAAUUGGUCCUGAAUUUAACCCUGUAUCAGUUGCUGGGGAUCUUACCAGGCCUGAAGUUGUGAAGAAGUCUGGCAUGAUCAUUGAUCCAAUCAAAUUUGAAGAAGUAGAUCCACAUGAUAAAGAAGAGCAGAAAGCGCAAGGUGGACGAAAACGAAGAACAAAGAGUAAAAGUUCUGGCAAAAAAUCAAAGCAUGGUAACCCUACCGUAAGAUGAUAGAGUGCAGAAAGACAGUACUGUAUCUAACUUAAGAUCCCAAUUUUGUAGUGGUUAGGCAUUUGUGCAAGAGUUUUGUUGUAACAAGGGUAAUUUUUUUCAGUGGAGAAUGCCAUAUUCACCACAAUAUUUAUUCUGGAGUUUUUUAUUAUUAAAUACUCAACUAUGAUUUGUGUUA